AUGGACAUCACAGUGAAAGAAACCAAAUCCAAAUGGACCCACACCUUUCCAGCGGUCGAUCUCUCAAUCACCGUGCUUGAAUUUCGGCAAUUAAUAUUAGAUACUCAUAACCAUGGUGCAUCAUCGGAGAAGUGGAACUUGUCUGAUCUCACUCUGUUGAGUGGAGGAAAGUUUUUAAAGAAUGAUUCCGAGAGUCUUGCAGAUGCCAAGAUAAAGAAUAGCCUUUUGAUUUAUUUGAAAGCAUCCGAAGGAAAUAAUAGUAGUACCAAUGUAAAUAUUUCUUCUCCAACGAACCUUCAUCAUCAAACCACUUCUACUACUACUAGUCCUACUGUGGUAUCCUCUCCUCAUCAACAACAACCAACUUCACCAAAUUCGGGAAGUAAACCAUCAACAUUAACCACCACUACUACUUCACCUGUUACCUCUCCAUCGCUGCCAUCAUCCUCUUCAGGUGGUAAUCCUCAUCAUCAUGCACAAAUUUCUCGAUUGGAAAAAGUUCGUCAGGCUGCACUCGAAAUGGCAAAACGAGCCAACGGUGGAGACUCACAAUAUGAACAAUAUCACUUUGUUUUGGAAGAUCAGAACGGAAAGAAAGUUCAUUUACCUGAAUGGGAACGUGAGGCUCUCGUCAUGGGAAUGAUCUUGCAAAAGAAAUCUGAAGAAUACCUCAAAAAGAAACAAUUUGAAAAUGCCUUUGAUUGCUUGAAGGUUGCUGAUGAAUCAUUUAGGAAAUUGUCUCCACAACUUCUCUCCAUUGUUGAUAAUUAUGCUACCUUAUUGAUUGAUUACGUUUGGUGUAUGUACAAAUUGCAAGAUCCAAGCAUGCUCUUUGAUGCUAUUCAAAGAUUGCAACUUGCAGAAAAGAUUUUAAAACAAGCACAUGGAGAGAAUUUGGAGAGACUUCUCAAUUUACAACAAGGACGUUUUUCGCAACGUGCACUCUAUGCAAAGCUUUCUCUCCUGAAAGGUAUUAUUUGUACAGAAAUAGGAGAUAAGGAAAACGCAAAGGUUUAUCUUCAACAGUCUCAAAAUGAUUACAACAAGUUGAGAAUUGAUCCAACACUUGUGGAUCAAUUGGUCAAUAUGGGAUUUUCUACAGAUGAAGCUAGAAAGGCUUUGAGAAAUUGUGAUGGAAAUGUAGAAAUGGCUCUGUCAUACAUUCUCGAAAAAAGAGAAAUUGCAAAACAAAAACGAAUGGAAGAAAUGGAACGAAAACAACAGCGAAAGAAGCAACUAGUUUAUGGCAAAACGAAAAACGGAAAAUUAGUGGACAUGAAAUUGCUGCAAGCAUUGUCAAAGGUUUUUCCUCACGUCGACACUGAGGUUGUAGUAGAAGCUUUGAUUCAAUCUAAUAAUGACGAAUUGGUGUCCACACAACUCUUGUGCAAUGAACAAACGCUCGAGGAUUUAUCAUUCCAAGCAGAGAAAAGAGUUCACAGACGUGUUGUUGAUUACAACUUGGUUCACAAGCUGUGUAUGCUUGGAUUUCCCUUAGAGAAUGUUGCGUUUGCUCUCAAAAAAGCAGCGUCACAAUCAUCACCUACAACUCUAGAACAAAUUGCUGUUGAUUUGCUUGUGAAUGGAAAGGCCAUCCCAAGAAUUCCCUCAGAUGAUUUGAAUUCUCUUGCUUCUUUCAUUAUCAAAAAGUCGACGGAAAAUACAAUACUAGCGCAACCACCAACCUCCACAACAAGUAAUGACAAUAACCCAAACACUAAUCUUGAAUCUCAAGAUUCCAUGUUUGAUGAGGGAGAGGAUGAAGAUACCAAUCAUGACACCAUUUUUGAUCAACCUCAAGGACAAGAAGCAGGAACAACGGAUGAUGAUCAGAGUGAAGAAGAGGAGCCAAGAACACCACUUGACAACGUUUUUAAUGAAACAAUGGAAGAUAUUAUUGACGAAGAAAUUGUCAACACCUUUUACAGCAAGGACGAUGAAAGUAAUUUACUUUCCGACGAAAUACAAGCUCUUGAGCUCUACCUGUCAAAGUUGGCCCAAUAA